AUGAGCAUGAUGAGAGCCGCAUCAGUGGGCGGCAGCCGCACAGGUCAGCUACUAUCCAGAAAGACAGUUUUCACGCCAUCUUUGCUCCGGCAUCAACAACAUCAGGAGCAAUUUCAUUGGUCGGCACCUUCUUCCCAUUUCUUUCAUACAGUGGUGGGAUCCAAUAGUCCUUGGGAGGGUGAAAGGAGAAAGAAGGAACAAGCUAAUGUAAAGCUGCAAAUGUCAUCUCUACCAUCCAUGCAAGUGGCACAGUACCACAGCACUCCUCAACCCGAAAAGAUAGUGGCGAUUGGGUUGGGUUUGGGUGCUGUUUCGGCCUUAGCAUACGCGGGUUCUUCGGCCGUGAGAGCCUACAACGAAUAUAAGGCAAGCCUGCCAUCGGAAGAAGAAAUGGAGGAGCAGAGAAAGCAGCAAGAAAAAGAAGAUCAAGCCAAUCAACAAAAACAAGAAGCGACCCAACAACAACAACAAAAGCCAGCAGGCGGAGAAAAGGGAGAAAAUAUUUUUUCCAAGUGGUUUGGUGUGGGCGUAGGAGCGAAGUAUUACGAAGGAGGGUUUGAAGAGACCAUGACCCGACGAGAAGCGGCUCUCAUUUUGGGCGUUCGCGAAUCCAGCCCAGCAUCCCGUAUCAAGGACGCCCAUCGAAAAUUGUUGGUUCUCAACCACCCGGAUACCGGCGGAUCGACCCACGUGGCUGGAAAAAUUAAUGAAGCCAAAGAGCUAUUGUUGAAAGGAAAGCGAGGAAAAUAA